UUCAGAGCAUUCAUAAAUUGUAUGCAAGGACCAUGGAGCAUGCUAAAAACUAAAAGCAAGACAAAUUCUUGCAUGGUUUUUGCAGAUUAUUAGGUCCUUGCUUCUGUCGAGAAGGUGUUUUCUCUGUAGCUUGGCUAAUCUAAGAGAGAACACCCUAGGCAAGGGUAUAGCAUCCCCGGUAACAUAAGAGCUUCCCUUCUCCCCUUGUGAUAACAGGGCACCCCUUGAAAGAUGGGAGCACCUGCUGCUUUCUUUGGGUAAUAAUUUCUAUAUUAAAACCACCCAUGGAAGCCUGCACUCGAAGAGGGCAACAGGAAAAAUUGCCAAGAAAAAGGGCUAAACAAUGAUACAACAAAGGAAAAUACUAAAUUUCACAAGGGCAAGGGGGCAACUGCCCCUGUUGCCCCCCUGGCACAGGUGUCCUUGAAACCACCCAUCCACAAAACAGUAAAGAAAAGUUAGGAAAAAAUUCAGAAACAAAGCAAAAUGAGGACAAGAAUCCAAUGCUAUGAGGUAGCGGGUGGUUCUGUUCAUGCUGUUGGGGGUGAGGAUGUUUGCCAGGCCAGGCCGUCAUAGGAACAACCACAAAUCCAGUAUCAAAAAAGCUCUGAAUAAACAAGUGAAAUCAUGAAAUUUUGAUUAGACUUUUGGUAAAAAGAUAUGGAUGGAGACAUGAUUGAGGAAAGGCCUCAGAAGUAUAUGGAUCAGUUCCUCUUUAAGAGGGAGGCAAAUGGAAAGUGGGUGGAGUAUUGGGUGGUCUGCAGAGGAAACUAUCUGCUUUUCUAUUCUAAGAAAUGUGAAACCACAGAGCUUCGAGAUUCGUUUAAAGGGUCGAUUGAAUUGACUCCGGGUACUAGAUGCACCAUAGUAAAGAGGAAGAAAUACAGUUUCCCAUUCUUUCUUGCAACCAGCAAAGCAAAGUUCUAUUUCAAGAGCCCAUCAUUGCUGUUACGACAUCAGUGGAUCCACGCUAUUAACCUAUCAGUCAAGGGUGCCAUGCCUCAGUCCCCGCCAAAGACUUUGCCAGAAAGGACUGCCGAUCUAGACAGCCAAGAUGAGGAGACAUCCAGUGUUGAUAUGAACUAUAACGAUCCAGGGUCAGAAGCCGAACAAUCUCCCUUUGUGGAUGACUGUAUUGAAGAUGAAACGGACACUUCAAGCAACAUUAUUUUAGUCACCAGUCGCCCGGAAGGAGAGGAGGAAGUAACAAACUUUAUUACCGGGGAGAGAACCCCAAGUACAAGCAAUUACCAAGUUACUAACUUUUUAAACUCACAAAAAAUGGAUCCAGUUUUGAGUGUUAAAACAGGCAUUGAUAACUUAUCGUUUGAAGAAGAGGAAGUAGCCAACAUGAACAGAUACAAAAGCCCGAGUCAGAUUUCUGGAAAGAGCAUAACCUCAGGAACACCUUCGCCAAAAUUCUCUUUAUCGUCACCUAGCAGCAGAAAUGAGUCUAAUAUCCCCAGCCGUGUUGUGCGGUCUGCAGGCUCUAUUCGCGGUGUUUCCAGUGGAGUUCUAAGCUCUUCGCAAGUUGGUAGCAACAUAUAUUUGUCCGUGCAGCCGUCCUCGAGUAGACCAUCACUUGGCUCUAACCGAUUCUCGAGACAUCUAGUUAGCUCCGCCCCAGACCUUAAAGCUUUCACCAGUAGCCUCGCAUAAACAUGUACGUGUACUGCAGGUUUUCUGUCCCGUAAGCGUUGUAAAAGAAAACUUUCUAUGAACGUGUUCUCAAGAUAAACUUAAUUCACAACAAGAUGCAUUCAUUGAUAAUGUAAAUAUUGGACAAGUUUUGGCUCUGGUGAUCAUUUGUCGUGAAAUGCGGCAUUAGGCAUAUGAAUAUAUAUUUCUCUUAGAAAGUAUCCAAUAAUUGAAAACAUCGUCAUUUGUUACAAAGGUCAGUGACCGCUCCAAAGGCUUCAUGGUAGAAUUAUGUUUAUAAAAGGUACUCUGCUUUUGAGGCCCACUUUAAAAACUACGUUGAAAGCAGAUGCAGAUUAUAAUCACAGAUGCAAUUUUAUCCCACUGCGUCAGUUUUUCUUGAUAACUAGUUGAAAGUCCAGCCGUAUCCCACAAUGCAUCAGCAAUACAGCUGUUGCUUCCAUCAACACAUGCUUUGUAACGAAUAUCACGGCCAAAUUUGCCCAUACGCCUUUGCGAAUUUCAUCAUUUUAGAAAAGCAGCUAAUAUGGUUUUUUUAGAUCAUGAGUUAGAAAGGAGAUAAUUUGUUGUGUUAUUGUGCUGUAUUGUUUAAAACAAAAAAUACGAAAGAUUUCAACAUAAGCGUUGUUAAUGCAUGAUGUCAACACUAACCCAUUUUUGCAAGUCCAAACAAUAGCCAAAUUGUUGAUGAUGUUUUGUUCACUACACACUUUUUUAUGAAAAUACUUUAAUUUUUGUGCUGAGCCUCAAUAUUCUAUAAAAUCUGCGAUUCUUAGCCUGAAAUAAUUUUUUCGAAAAUUCAAAUUAUUUGCUAAUGUUUUUCUUCAUUGUAAAAGUAUGGUAGAAAAUUAAACAUGGCAGAACACAAGCUUGAUGAGUAUUCCUCAAACAUUUUGCGUUAAAAUCAUGGUCGUAUCGUUUACUCCAUAAGCACAUAUAGAUAAAAAGUUGUCUAAUCUUGAUUCCUAAAUUGUAUCAAUUUCAGCCUCAGCUUUCUUCUUACAAAAUUGUUCUUAUGAAAAAUGUGUAAUUAGAUGCUGUGCUGUGCUGCUCUAUUGUAACUAGAUUUAAGAUGUUAUUAAUUGUCGGAUUUGCCUGGACAAACACUUAUAUCCGCUGCAGACUUCAGAUACCUCGGUCUCCAUGCUAUCCGCUUUAGUCCUAAGGGCAUUGUGAAGUAAUUUAAAACGAACAAGCAAUGUCUCGAAAAGCAGUAUGAAGUAAAAAUACGUGAUGUUCUGGAAUGGAAAACAAAGUUUAAGCUCCACAUUUCAUCCUUAUUUUAUUGUAUAUUCGCCAUGUCAGUCUUAAAAACAAAGUAAUUAAGCAUUGAUCAUCCCCUGACCAUUUUAAGGAGGCCACACCCAUUUUAAGGAGGCCCCACCCAUGUCGUAAGAGUGGGCAUACCUAGAUGUCUUAGACAGUUGCCCAAUUUCCAUUUUAACCAAUUUUAGAAAAUUGUAAAAUUUAAUUUUUUGUAAAUAAUCUUGCUGAUAAUAAGUUUUGAAUUUAAAAGUUAAUGAUUUCUUUGUGUAUGAAUGUGUUUUUUUAGUAUAAUUCAAACGAAUUUUCCAAAGGUGUAUCUACAAAAAUUGUUGUUUGGAGUAAAUAAAAUACUUGCGAAGGCUGCAUUACAAAAUUAAUUUAUGAAACAAUAACCCUGUUGAUAUCUAUGUUUAUGUUCUUUCUGGUAAAAAUUUUUUACUUUGUACUAAGUUGUAGUCUGAAAACACUUGCUAAAAUAUUUAAAAUAUUUAUGCGGUUUUCGAUGAUUGACGACUGAGGGGUCAAUAUAUGAAUCAACAUGUAAGUUCUUGGCCUUUACUAAAUACGAGAAUGGCUCGGUGUUUGCAGACUACAGAUCCAGAUGUAUGAGGUUGGAGUUCCCGACAUGACCAAGCCGUUACCUCUAUGCAAUUCCAGGCGUAUGAAUCACCAGGUGUUGUCACAUCAAAAGGAACUACCAGGACACCGCUCGAUAGGCGCAGGUUCUCAGUUUCCCAAAACUGCCUUCGGAGGCUAAGUAGAGACAAAAUUUAUCAACUAGUAGAUUCAGAGACGUCGUAUAUGUUUAAAAGCAGUAUUGG